AUCACUGUGCGACGCACAUGUCGGUUUGAAAGUGCAAGCUGCCAUUUUUUCGAUGAGCAUUUUUUUUUAAUUAGUUCAGGCUUCCAAAGCUAAAGUGCAAUUUUUCACUUCAUAUUAACGUGAAAUUUUCUUUUAAAUACAGCAGCGAGAAGUGAAUUUGUUUAACUGGGAGGUAUUUAAAAGCCUAGAUUAUUUUCGAUUUGGGUCUCCGCGCGGAGGCUGCUUAGCUUGUUCUGCUAACGUUAGCAAGCACUGUAAACAAACAAGAAUAGGCUCCCUGGAGAUCUACUCAGAAGUUUCGUUACGGAGGUUGUUUACAGGAGGAAGUUUCAUGCUGCAUAUGUCUAAAUCAAUCAAGACAACUUCAGUUUGAUGAGCGUGCGACUUUCUUCGGAGCAGUGCGGAGCUCCGUAGCUUUUUAUUUGAGAGGGUCGAGGCCAGUUGUAGAGCGAGCAGGGACACUCGUCGGCAUACCAUGUCGUCCUUCUCCGAGUCGGCAUUGGAGAAGAAACUGUCGGAGCUGAGCAGCUCGCAGCAGAGCGUCCAGACGCUGUCCCUGUGGAUCAUCCACCACCGCAAACACUCGGGUCUCAUCGUCAAAGUGUGGCACCGAGAACUGAAGAAAGCUAAAAGCAACCGGAAGCUGACUUUUCUUUAUCUGGCAAAUGAUGUUAUCCAAAACAGCAAGAAGAAAGGACCAGAAUUUACCAAAGACUUUGAGUCUGUACUCGUGGAUGCAUGCUCCCAUGUUGCCAGAGAAGCAGAUGAAAACUGCAAAAGGCCCAUGGAAAGACUUCUAAACAUCUGGAAGGAGAGGAGCCUUUACAGAAGUGAUUUCAUUCAGCAGCUCAAGCUUGCCAUAGAGGACUCGAACAGCCCCAGGCCCUCAGAGGAUAAGAGAGCAGUGAAACGAAGCUAUCAGAAGAUCCAGGAAGACGAUGAAGACGAUGAUGACGACUAUAGAAGUCACAACUCUCCGCGAAGCACAGAGGCAUCUGCCACUCAGCUGACAGAGGAGCUGGUAAAGGCCUUACAGGACUUGGAGAACGCUGCUUCAGGUGAUGCAGCCGUGCGUCAGAAGAUCGCCUCGCUGCCACAGGAGGUUCAAGACGUUUCUCUGCUGGAAAAGAUUACAGACAAGGAAGCAGCAGACAAGCUUUCGAAGACGGUGGAUGAAGCCUGUCUGCUGCUGGCUGAGUACAAUGGUAGGCUGGCUGCAGAGCUGGAGGACCGCAGGCAGCUGGCGCGAAUGCUGACGGAAUAUAUCGGCAGCCAGAAGGAGGCGCUCAUGGAGAGAGAGAAGAAACUAGAGGAAUAUAAGCAGAAACUAGCGCGGGUGACCCAGGUGAGAAAAGAGCUGAAAUCUCACAUCCAGAGUCUCCCGGAUCUGUCGCUUCUACCUAAUGUGACCGGGGGUCUAGCUCCGCUCCCCUCAGCCGGAGACCUCUUCUCCACCGACUGAGGGGCCUUCUGUCCCAUUAAACUUCCAGUGUGGCCCUACCUAAGUCAGAACCUUGUUUGACUCCCAGCUGUACUUCCAUCCCAAAAGACACGUGUUGGAAGAACAGCUGCUGCCCCCCCCUAGUAUCUGGAACCAGCCGUCAGGAGGAAGGGACAUUUUAUAAUAGGUUUUUGUUUAAUAAAAAAAAAAAAAGCUCUGACAAGGAGAAAUGAGACUCUUUACAUCUGGAUUCAUUAAAAAGGAUUCUAACCCACCAGCCUGGAAGAUUGUUUCCUGAUUGAUUUUAUUUCUUUUAAAUGUAGGUUUUGAGAAAAGGUCUCUUUUGUGAUCAAGCCUUUAGUGAACAAAGGAGGGCGUUUUGUUCUUUUGGAUGGUUUUAAGUUCUGACUUCAUCACAAAGAGGAUUACCUGUUAGCGUUGUUUGUGUCCGUUAUUUGGUAGCUUUUUCAACACAGUCAGAAUGGGCCUUUUUCCCCCUUUCAGCUGUAGAAAAAUGUCAAGUUUAUUUGCUUUUAGGUUGUUUUAAGAGCUGUUACUCAGUACAAUCAGUCACCUAAACACCUGAAGAAACCACAUUUAUGGAUGUUUUUAAGUCAACAGAUAAACUGAUGUGUUGUGCUCACUUGCAAAAAAUGGAAAAUUAAUUUUUAUGAUAAGGACAGGUAUGCAGAUAACUUUUUGGCCUUUGGUGGAGAAGCUUGAAAUAUCGAGAUGAUGUUCUUGACUAGAACAAUUUGAACCGGUGAUUAUUUCAGAAUGGUGUGCGGUUUUAUGAAACAAGUGUUUGAAACUGAAACUCAAGAGUAAAAGACCUGAAAAUGACAAUUAUGAUGUUAAACUCAAGGUCAAUACUCUUUAGGAGGAAAAUAUGAAGCACAGCAAAAGUAUUACAAUUGACUUCUUUAAUUACAGCAAAUGUUGUUGAUAGAAAACAAACCAUGUUUGGCUGGAAUGUCGUUUUUCCUACAAAAAAUUGAAAAGCUUUUCAUUUGCAUUUAAAGCCAUGAAAAUUGUGAGUAGCCAUUUUUAUUUGAAUGGAUGAUUAUUGAAUCUCAGGUUUCCAUGUUUAAGGAAGUAAUGCAAUUAAAAGUUUAACAGCUGUA